ACAAAAAUUUUCUCAUAUUUCUUCUUUGCAACAAAAAGAUUUUAAUACCAACUUGUUUGUGAAAGAACAUAAAGAUAUUAGUAAUGAAUUGGUUAAAAAUUAUAAUGAUAUUAUAGAUUCUUCUAAAGAAUUAAGUGACUGUAAAGAUAUUGAUAUUGAUUCUUUAGAAGAAUCAAGUAACAGCAUUGAUAUUGAUGAUAAUUUUUCAGAAGAGCUUAUUAGUGAUAACUUAUAUUUAGAAUGCAUAUCAAACACCUUCAAAUACUUCAAAUAG